UUGAAAGAAAAAAGACAAAAACAAGCAAAAAAGCCACAAGAGCUUGUUUGAAAGUUUGUCGAAAUACACAUGAAAAUACAUGGAACUAAAGUACCUUGACCAGCUACAAAAGAAGACAAGUGUUUUCUUCAUGAUCGCAAAGCCAUUCGCCGAUCGAGUCACUCGCCAAUAAAUAACUGCGGCUUGUUUAUCCGACAUCAAGAAUAUAAAUAGCAACCAGCUACAAAUACAUGCUAUGCAGUCCUUCACUAGAGCAAUCGAGGGGGCAGUAUAGCUUCUUUUCUUGUUCAGCAAAACCAGCUUGUGGCUUCAAACAACUUCAUAUCAAGCGACCAAGGUAAUAGUUUUUCUCCGUUGUUCUUACUUUUGUAUCUGCACCGAAAAUCCAAAUUCACAGUAAUUUCGAUGGCUGUCACUUAAGAAUUCUUUUCCUUCAAAUUAUCUGCCAGGUUUUUUUAGCUGUCCUGCUGUGUAAAAUCCUAGAUUAUCCCGAUGAGUUUUUAAAAAUGUUCAUCGCUACAAUGUUUUGAUUUUUCAUUCAUGCAGUCCAGGUGAGUUCGUUCGCGCGUUGACAGUUUUGAUAGACGUGUGACAUCUGAAUAGCGGAAGUCCCUUGUCUUUUCCAGUUUGUUCUAACAAAAUUAUUAAAGUCGGGGAGAUUCAGCAAGAUUUUGUGGGCAAUUUUAAUAAAACAAUUCCACUCGCGCUUGUUGGAUAUGAGUUGAUUAUAGCUACGUGCCUCGUUGGCUAUCUAUCAUCUCAUAUCCGACAUGCCCUCGUGGAAUAAUUGUUAAUUAUACACUCAGUCUGUUAGUACUAUAUGAGUAUUUUUAAUACACUGUACCAUUUACACAUUUUAAACAAGUGAUACUCUAUAUUGUAUUAGCAACAGUUGAUUGAUUUACUUUGUAGGUCCCACUUGCAUCUGUUUGGUGCCUUUAAGAGACUGCAGGAAUGGAAUAAUGCCAAUAUUACUGUUCUUUGUAGUGAUGAAUUUGAUAGGCAAGUACCCAAUUGCGGCUAUGAGUUGUUGAUUUAUAAGGAGUGUAAAGCAACAAGCACUCAUAAUGUGGGUGGCGGAAUCAGUUAUCCUCAACCAGUAAAAACAACCUAAAAGGCUCUGAAGAACCUGUUUUACCCGUUGAACAGCUGUGUAUCUUGAUUUAAUUUGAAUUUUCGACCUGUACAGUUUAAAAAUUAGUUAGACUCUUUUCUCAUAAGAGGCUGAUAACUUACUAACUAUACCUGUAUCCAUGUCGUGGAUUGAAGUGUAUCAAAGCUGGAAUGGACCAAUUGGAAAAACUUAACCCAGUCACGUACCGGAUGCGGGUUAUAAAUAUACUGGGAUUAGACUGUGAAUGGAACUUGGGCGAUACUGUUGGGAAAAAAGUGCUGCACCCCUAGGGUUCAAUAUACUACACUUACUAAUGGGCUGGCAUUUCUUAAGAGGAUAGCCCGGUGCGUGUAUAUUUUGUAUCCCCCGAAAAAGGGGUAAUACAGGAAACUGAUUUCAAUUUUGUUUUGUAUUAUUUUAUUAAUAGAGAAACCUUUUCAAAAACCUGGCAGAAAGAUUUGAACAUAUCAGUGAUGCUGCUCAACAAAAAGAAUCCAGAUUCACUGGUUAAGCUACUUGAUCCCUCUGUUGUUUGGCAAGGCUCUUUGGUUAUCAGUGAGGUACUUUUACAUAAAGGUGGAUCUAAUUCUUUCUUAGUCUGUGCACCAAAUGGUAUGGGGUAACCAUUCAAAGAAACCUCUGCAGCUGUUCUAUCAUGUGAUACUAUUUAUUAAAUUAGUAUGCAGUUCAAAUUUGUAAGUUUGUGGAAGACGUCCUAUGGUUUUAAAAAAAUGUUCUAUUCAUAACGUAGCUGUCCCUCCAAGACAUCCCUAGUCAUCCCAAGUCAUCCCUAGUCAUCCUUAGACAUCCUAGUCAUCCCUAGUCAUCCCUAGUCAUUCCUAGUCAUGCCUAGUCAUCCCUAGAUAUCCCUAGUCAUCCUUAGUCAUCCUAGUCAUCCCUAGUCAUCCCUAGUCAUCCUUAGUCAUCGCAGUCAUCUUAGUUAUCCCUAGUCAUCCCUAGUCAUCCCACUCAUCCCUAGUCAUCCCCAGUCAUCCCUAGGCAUCCCAGUCAUCCCUUGUCAUCCCUAGUCAUUUCUAGUCAUUUCUAGUCAUCCCUAGUCUUCCCAGUGAUCCUUGUUAUCCCUAGUCAUCCCUAGUCAUCCCUAGUCAUCCGAGUUAUCCCUAGUCAUCCCUAGUCAUUUCUCGUCAUCCCUAGUCAUCCUCAGUCAUCCCUAGUCAUCCCAGUCCUCCCUAGUCAUCCCUAGUCAUCCCUAGUCAUCCAUAGUCAUUCCUAGUCAUGCCAGUCAUCUUUAGUCAUCCCUAGUCAUCCCCAGUCAUCCCUAGUCAUCCCAGUCAUCUAAGUCAUCCCUAGUUAUCCCUAGUCAUCCCAGUCAUCCUAGUCAUCCCUAGUCAUCCUUAGUCAUCGGAGCCAUCUUAGUCAUCCCUAGUCAAUUCCUACUCAUCCCACUCCUCCGUAGUCAUCCCUAGUCAUCCCUAGUCAUCCCUAGUUAUCCCUAGUCAUCCCUAGUCAUCCUAGGUAUCGCUAGUCAUCCCUACUCAUUCCUAGUCAUCCCUAGUCAUCCCCAGUCAUCCCUCGUCAUCCCUAGUCAUCCCAGCCAUCUCUAGUCAUACCUAGUCAUCCCAGUCAUGCCACUCAUCCCACUCAUCCCUUGUCAUCCCUAGUCAUCCCAGUCAUCCCUAGUCAUCUUUAAUCGGCCUUAGUCAUUCCUAGUCAUCCCAGGCAUCCUGGUCAUCCCUAGUCAUCCCAGCCAUCCCUGGUCAUCCCUAAUCAUCCCCAGUCAUCCCUAGUCAUCCCAGUCAUCCUUAGUGAUCCCUAGUCAUUCCUAGUCAUGCCAGUCAUCUUUAGUCAUCCCUAGUCAUCCCAGCCAUCCCUAGUCAUCCCUCGUCAUCCAUAAUCAUCACUAGUCAUCCCUAGUCAUCCCAGUCAUCCUAGUCAUCCCUAGUCAUCCUUAGUCAUCGCAGUCAUCUUAGUCAUCCCUAGUCAUUUCCUAGUCAUCCCAGUCAUCCUUAGUCAUCCCUAGUCCUUCUUAGUCAUCCCAGUCAUCUCUAGUCAUCCCUAGUCAUCCCAGCCAUCCCUAGUCAUCCCUCGUCAUCCAUAAUUAUCACUAGUCAUUCCUCGUCAUCCCAAUCAUCCUAGUCAUCCCCAGUCAUCCUUAGUUAUCGCAGUCAUCUUAGUCAUCCCUAGUCAUUUCCUAGUCAUCCCACUCCUCCGUAGUCAUCCCUAGUCAACCCUAGUCACCCCAGUCAUCCCUAGUCAUCCCUAGUUAUCCCUAGUCAUCCCUAGUCAUCCUAGGUAUCGCUAGUCAUCCCUACUCAUUCCUAGUCAUCCCUAGUCAUCCCCAGUCAUCCCUCGUCAUCCCUAGUCAUCCCAGCCAUCUCUAGUCAUACCUAGUCAUCCCAGUCAUGCCACUCAUCCCACUCAUCCCUUGUCAUCCCUAGUCAUCCCAGUCAUCCCUAGUCAUCUUUAAUCGGCCUUAGUCAUUCCUAGUCAUCCCAGGCAUCCUGGUCAUCCCUAGUCAUCCCAGCCAUCCCUGGUCAUCCCUAAUCAUCCCCAGUCAUCCCUAGUCAUCCCAGUCAUCCUUAGUGAUCCCUAGUCAUUCCUAGUCAUGCCAGUCAUCUUUAGUCAUCCCUAGUCAUCCCAGCCAUCCCUAGUCAUCCCUCGUCAUCCAUAAUCAUCACUAGUCAUCCCUAGUCAUCCCAGUCAUCCUAGUCAUCCCUAGUCAUCCUUAGUCAUCGCAGUCAUCUUAGUCAUCCCUAGUCAUUUCCUAGUCAUCCCAGUCAUCCUUAGUCAUCCCUAGUCCUUCUUAGUCAUCCCAGUCAUCUCUAGUCAUCCCUAGUCAUCCCAGCCAUCCCUAGUCAUCCCUCGUCAUCCAUAAUUAUCACUAGUCAUUCCUCGUCAUCCCAAUCAUCCUAGUCAUCCCCAGUCAUCCUUAGUUAUCGCAGUCAUCUUAGUCAUCCCUAGUCAUUUCCUAGUCAUCCCACUCCUCCGUAGUCAUCCCUAGUCAACCCUAGUCACCCCAGUCAUCCCUAGUCAUCCCUAGUUAUCCCUAGUCAUUCCUAGUCAUCCUAGGUAUCGCUAGUCAUCCCUACCCAUUCCUAGUCAUCCCUAGUCAUCCCAGUCAUCCUUAGUCAUCCCUAGUCAUCGCAGUCAUACCUAGUCAUCUUUAGUCAUCCUUAGUCAUCCCUUGUCAUCACUAGUCAUCCCUAGUCAUCCCAAUCAUCCCUAGUCUUCCCAGUCAUCCCUAGUCAUCCGUAGUCAUCCGUAGUCAUCCCAGUCAUCCCUAGUCAUCCCUACUCAUCCCUAGUCAUCCCUAUUCAUCCCAGUCAUCCCUAGUCAUCCCUACUUAUCCCUAGUCAUCCCUAGUCAUCCCUAGUCAUCCUUAGUCAUCCUUAGUCAUCCCUGUUCAUCGCUAGUCAUCCCUAGACAUCCCAGUCAUCCCUAGCCAUCCCUACUCAUCCCUAAUCAUUCCUAGUCAUUCCUAGUCAUCCUUAGUCCUCCUUAGUCAUCCCUUGUGAUCGGUAGUCAUCCCUAGUCAUCCCAGUUAUCCUUAGUUAUCUCUAGUCAUCCCAGCCAUCCCUAGUCAUUCUUAGUCAUCCCAGUCAUCCGUUGUCACCUCUUGUCAUCCCCAGUCAUCCGUAGUCAUCUCAGGUAUCCCUAGUCGUCCCUAGUCAUCCUUAGUUAUCCGAGUCAUCCCUAUUCAUCUCUUGUCAUCCCUAGUCAUCCAUAGUCAUCCCUAGUCAGCCCAGUCAUCCUAAUCAUCCCUAGUCAUCUCUAGUCAUCCCUUGUCAUCUUUAGUCAUCGCAGUCAUCCCUGUCAUCUUUGUCAUCCCUAGUCAUCCCUAGUCAUCCCAGUCAUCCCUAGUUAUCCCUAGUCAUCCCAGCCAUCCCUAGUGAACCCUAGUCAUCCCAGCCAUUCCUAGUCAUCUCUAAUCAUCCUAGUCAUCCCUAGUCAUCCCUAGUCAUCCCUAGUCAUCCUUAGUCAUCCCAGUCAUCCCUAGUCAUCCCUAGUCAUCCCUCGUCAUCACAGUCAUCCGUAGUCAUCCCUCGUCAUCCCAGUCAUCCCUAGUCAUCUUUAGUCAUCCUUGUCAUCCCUUGUCGUCGCUAGUCAUCCCUAGUCAACUUUAGUCAUCCCUAGUCAUCCCAGUCAUCCCUAGUCAUCCCUAGUCAUCCCUAUUCAUCCCUAGUCAUCCCUAGUCAUCCCAGUCAUCCCUAGUCAUCCCUAGUCAUCCCUAGUCAUCCCAGUCAUCCCUAGUCAUCCCUAGUCAUCCCAGUCAUCCCUAGUCAUCCCUAGUCAUCCCAGUCAUCCCUAGUCAUCCCUAGUCAUCCCAGUCAUCCCUAGUCAUCCCUAGUCAUCCCAGUCAUCCCUAGUCAUCCCUAGUCAUCCCAGUCAUCCCUAGUCAUCCCUAGUCAUCCCAGUCAUCCCUAGUCAUCCCUAGUCAUCCCAGUCAUCCCUAGUCAUCCCUAGUCAUCCCAGUCAUCCCUAGUCAUCCCUAGUCAUCCCAGUCAUCCCUAGUCAUCCCUAGUCAUCCCAGUCAUCCCUAGUCAUCCCUAGUCAUCCCAGUCAUCCCUAGUCAUCCCUAGUCAUCCCAGUCAUCCCUAGUCAUCCCUAGUCAUCCCAGUCAUCCCUAGUCAUCCCUAGUCAUCCCAGUCAUCCCUAGUCAUCCCUAGUCAUCCCAGUCAUCCCUAGUCAUCCCUAGUCAUCCCAGUCAUCCCUAGUCAUCCCUAGUCAUCCCAGUCAUCCCUAGUCAUCCCUAGUCAUCCCAGUCAUCCCUAGUCAUCCCUAGUCAUCCCAGUCAUCCCUAGUCAUCCCUAGUCAUCCCAGUCAUCCCUAGUCAUCCCUAGUCAUCCCAGUCAUCCCUAGUCAUCCCUAGUCAUCCCAGUCAUCCCUAGUCAUCCCUAGUCAUCCCAGUCAUCCCUAGUCAUCCCUAGUCAUCCCAGUCAUCCCUAGUCAUCCCUAGUCAUCCCAGUCAUCCCUAGUCAUCCCUAGUCAUCCCAGUCAUCCCUAGUCAUCCCUAGUCAUCCCAGUCAUCCCUAGUCAUCCCUAGUCAUCCCAGUCAUCCCUAGUCAUCCCUAGUCAUCCCAGUCAUCCCUAGUCAUCCCUAGUCAUCCCAGUCAUCCCUAGUCAUCCCUAGUCAUCCCAGUCAUCCCUAGUCAUCCCUAGUCAUCCCAGUCAUCCCUAGUCAUCCCUAGUCAUCCCAGUCAUCCCUAGUCAUCCCUAGUCAUCCCAGUCAUCCCUAGUCAUCCCUAGUCAUCCCAGUCAUCCCUAGUCAUCCCUAGUCAUCCCAGUCAUCCCUAGUCAUCCCUAGUCAUCCCAGUCAUCCCUAGUCAUCCCUAGUCAUCCCAGUCAUCCCUAGUCAUCCCUAGUCAUCCCAGUCAUCCCUAGUCAUCCCUAGUCAUCCCAGUCAUCCCUAGUCAUCCCUAGUCAUCCCAGUCAUCCCUAGUCAUCCCUAGUCAUCCCAGUCAUCCCUAGUCAUCCCUAGUCAUCCCAGUCAUCCCUAGUCAUCCCUAGUCAUCCCAGUCAUCCCUAGUCAUCCCUAGUCAUCCCAGUCAUCCCUAGUCAUCCCUAGUCAUCCCUAGUCAUCCCUAGUCACCCCAGUCAUCCCUAGUCAUCCCUAGUCAUCCCAGUCAUCCCUAGUCAUCCCUAGUCAUCCCUAGUCAUCCCUAGUCAUCCCUAGUCAUCCCUAGUCAUCCCUAGUCAUCCCAGUCAUCCCUAGUCAUCCCUAGUCAUCCUAGUCAUCCCUAGUCAUCCCUAGUCAUCCCUAGUCAUCCCUAGUCAUCCCUAGUCAUCCCUAGUCAUCCCAGUCAUCCCUAGUCAUCCCUAGUCAUCCCUAGUCAUCCCUAGUCAUUCCAGUCAUCCCUAGUUAUCCCUAGUCAUCCCAGCCAUCCCUAGUCAUCUCUAAUCAUCCCGGUCAUCCCUAGUCAUCCCUAGUCAUCCCUAGUCAUUCUUAGUUUAUUCCAGUCAUUCCUAGUCAUCCCAGCCAUCCCUAGUCAUCCCUAGUCAUCCCAGUCAUCCUAGUCAUCCCUAGUCAUCCCUAGUUAUCCCUAGUCAUCCCUAGUCAUACCUAGUCAUCCCAGUCAUCCUAGUCAUCCCUAGUCAUCCCUAGUCAUCCCUAGUAAUUCUUAGUCAUCGCAGUCAUCCUACUGAUCCUAGUCAUUGCUUGUCAUCCACAGUCAUCCCUAGUCAUCCCUAGUCAUCCCUAGUCAUCCCUAGUCAUCCCUAGUCAUUCCAGUCAUCCCUAGUUAUCCCUAGUCAUCCCAGCCAUCCGUAGUCAUAUCUAAUCAUCCCGGUCAUCCCUAGUCAUCCCUAGUCAUUCUUAGUUUAUUCCAGUCAUUCCUAGUCAUCCCAGCCAUCCCUAGUCAUCCCUAGUCAUCCCAGUCAUCCUAGUUAUCCUUAGUCAUCCCUAGUUAUCCUAGUCAUCCUAGUCAUCCCUAGUCAUCCCUAGUCAUCCCUAGUAAUUCUUAGUCAUCGCAGUCAUCUUAGUAAUCGCUAGUCAUCCGUAGUCAUCCCAGUCAUCCCUAGUCAUCUCAGCCAUCCCUAGUCAUCUCUAAUCAUCCCGGUCAUCCCUAGUCAUCCCUAGUCAUCCCUAGUAAUUCUUAGUCAUCGCAGUCAUCUUAGUAAUCGCUAGUCAUCCGUUGUCAUCCCAGUCAUCCCUAGUCAUCCCAGCCAUCCCUAGUCAUCCUUAAUCAUCCCGGUCAUCCCUAGUCAUCCCUAGUCAUCCCUAGUCAUCCCUAGUUAUCCCUAGUCAUCCCUAGUCAUACCUAGUCAUCCCAGUCAUCCUAGUCAUCCCUAGUCAUCCCUAGUCAUCGCUAGUAAUUCUUAGUCAUCGCAGUCAUCCUACUGAUCCUAGUCAUUGCUUGUCAUCCACAGUCAUCCCUAGUCAUCCCUAGUCAUCCCUAGUCAUCCCUAGUCAUCCCAGUCAUCCCUAGUCAUCCCUAAUCAUCCCACUCAUCCCUAGUUUUCCCUAGUUAUCCCUAGUUGUCCGUAGUUAUCCUAGUGAUCGCUUGUGAUCCCUAGUCAUACCUAGUCAUUCCUAGUCAUCCCAACUCAUCCUAGUCAUCCCUAGUUAUCCCUAGUCAUUCCUAGUCAUCCCUAUUCAUCCCUAGUCAUCCCUAGUCAUUCCAGUCAUCCCUAAUCAUUCCUAGUCAUCCCAGUCAUCCGUAGUCAUCUUUAGUGGUCCUAAGUCAUCCCUUGUCAUCGCUAGUCAUCCCUGGUCAUCCUUAGUCAUCGCAGUCAUCCCUACUCAUCCCUAGUCAUCCCAGUCAUCUUAGUCAUCCUUAGUCAUCCUUAGUCAUCCCUAGUCAUGGCAAUCAUACCUAGUCAUCUUUAGUCAUCCUUAGUCAUCCCUUGUCAUCGCUAGUCAUCCCUAGUAAUUUCCUGUUAUUCCUAGUCAUCCCACUCCUCCCUAGUCAUGGCUAGUUAUCCCUCGUCACCCAAGUCAUCCCUAGUCAUCUCUAGACAUCCUUAGUCCUUUCUGGUCAUGCCUAGUCAUCCCUAGUCAUCCCGGUUAUCCCUAGUCAUGCCUGGUCAUCCUAGUUAUCGCUAGUCAUUCCUUGUCAUCCCUAGUGAUCCUAGUCAUCCCUUGUGAUCUCUAGCUUUCCCAGUCAUCCCUAGUCAUUGCAUUUAUCCCUUGUCAUCACUAGUCAUCCCAGUCAUUUUAAGUCACCCCUAGUCAUCCCUAGUCAUCCCUUGUCAUCGUAGUCGUCGUAGUCAUCCCUACUUAUCCCUAGUCAUCCUUAGUCAUCUCAGCCAUCCCGAGUCAUCCCAGUCAUCCUUAGUCAUUGCUAGUCAUUUUUGUCAUCCUAGUCAUCCUUAGUUAUCCUUAGUCAUCCUUAGUCAUUUCAGUCAUCCCUAGUCAUGCUUAGUCAUCUCUAGUCAUCCCACUUAUCCUUAGUUAUCCUUAGUCAGUGCUAGUUUAGUCAUCCCAGCCAUCCCUAGUCAUCCCUAGUCAUCCUAGUCAUCCUAGUUAUCCCUAGUCAUCCCUAGUUAUCCCAGUCAUCCUAGUCAUCCCUAGUCAUCCCUAGUCAUCCCUAGUCAUCCCUAGUAAUUCUUAGUCAUCGCAGUCAUCUUAGUAAUCCCUAGUCAUCCGUAGUCAUCCCAGUCAUCCCUAGUCAUCCCAGCCAUCCCUAGUCAUCUCUAAUCAUCCCGGUCAUUCCUAGUCAUCCCUAGUCAUCCCUAUUCAUCCCUAGUAAUUCUUAGUCAUCGCAGUGAUCUUAGUAAUCCCUAGUCAACCGUAGUCAUCCCAGUCAUCCCUAGUCAUCCCAGCCAUCCCUAGUCAUCUCUAAUCAUCCCGGUCAUCCCUAGUCAUCCCUAGUCAUCCCUAGUCAUUCUUAGUUUAUUCCAGUCAUUCCUAGUCAUCCCAGCCAUCCCUAGUCAUUCCUAGUCAUCCCAGUCAUCCUAGUCAUCCUUAGUCAUCCCUAGUCAUCCCCAGUCAUUCCAGUCAUCCUAGUCAUCCCUAGUCAUCCCUUCUCAUCCCUAGUAAUUCUUAGUCAUGGCAGUCAUCGUAGUAAUCCCUAGUCAUUUCUAGUCAUCCCAGUCAUCCCUAGUCAUCCCUAGUCAUCCCAGCCAUCCCUAGUCAUCUCUAAUUAUCCCAGUCAUCCCUAGUCGUCUCUAGUCAUCCCAGUUAUCCCUUGUCAUCCCUAGUCAUCCCUAGUCAUCCCUAGUCAUCCCAGUCAUCCCUAGUCAUCCCUAAUCAUCCCACUCAUCCCUAGUUUUCCCUAGUUAUCCCUAGUCGUCCGUAGUUAUCCUAGUGAUCGCUUGUGAUCCCUAGUCAUACCUAGUCAUUCCUAGUCAUCCCAACUCAUCCUAGUCAUCCCUAGUUAUCCCUAGUCAUUCCUAGUCAUCCCUAUUCAUCCCUAGUCAUCCCUAGUCAUUCCAGUCAUCCCUAAUCAUUCCUAGUCAUCCCAGUCAUCCGUAGUCAUCUUUAGUGGUCCUAAGUCAUCCCUUGUCAUCGCUAGUCAUCCCUGGUCAUCCUUAGUCAUCGCAGUCAUCCCUACUCAUCCCUAGUCAUCCCAGUCAUCUUAGUCAUCCUUAGUCAUCCUUAGUCAUCCCUAGUCAUGGCAAUCAUACCUAGUCAUCUUUAGUCAUCCUUAGUCAUCCCUUGUCAUCGCUAGUCAUCCCUAGUAAUUUCCUGUUAUUCCUAGUCAUCCCACUCAUCCCUAGUCAUGGCUAGUUAUCCCUCGUCACCCAAGUCAUCCCUAGUCAUCUCUAGACAUCCUUAGUCCUUUCUGGUCAUGCCUAGUCAUCCCUAGUCAUCCCGGGUAUCCCUAGUCAUGCCUGGUCAUCCUAGUUAUCGCUAGUCAUUCCUUGUCAUCCCUAGUGAUCCUAGUCAUCCCUUGUGAUCUCUAGCUUUCCCAGUCAUCCCUAGUCAUUGCAUUUAUCCCUUGUCAUCACUAGUCAUCCCAGUCAUUUUAAGUCACCCCUAGUCAUCCCUAGUCAUCCCUUGUCAUCGUAGUCGUCGUAGUCAUCCCUACUUAUCCCUAGUCAUCCUUAGUCAUCUCAGCCAUCCCGAGUCAUCCCAGUCAUCCUUAGUCAUUGCUAGUCAUUUUUGUCAUCCUAGUCAUCCCUAGUCAUCCUUAGUUAUCCUUAGUCAUCCUUAGUCAUUUCAGUCAUCCCUAGUCAUGCUUAGUCAUCUCUAGUCAUCCCACUUAUCCUUAGUUAUCCUUAGUCAGUGCUAGUUUUCUCAGUCAUCCCUAGUCAGCCCUAGUCAUCCCUGGUCAUCCCUAUCAUCCUUAGUCAUCCUUUGUUAUCCCUGUCAGCCCUAGUCAUCAUUUGUGAUCACUGUCAUCCCUUGCCAUCUCUUAUCAUCUCUAGUCAUCCGUAGUCAUCCCAGUUAUUGCUAGAUAUCUUUCGUCAUGUCAGUCAUCCCUAGUCAUCCCUAGUCAUCCCUAGUGAUUCCUAGUCAUCCUUAGUGAUUUUUAGUCAUCCCUAGUCAUGCCUACUCAUUCCUAAUCAUGCCUAGGCAUCCCUAGUCAUCCCAGUCGUGCUAGUCAUCCCUAGUUAUCCUUAUUCUUCUUAGUCAUCCCUAAUCAUUCGUAGUCAUCCCUAAUCAUCUCUUUUAUCCCUAGUCAACCCACUUAUCCCUUGUCACCCCUAGUUAUCUCUAGUCAUCGGUAGUUAUCUCUAGUCAUUCCUAGUCAUCCCAAGUCUUCCCAGUCAUCCCUAGUCAACCUUAGGUAUCGCAGUCAUCCCUAGUCAUCCUUAGUCAUUCCUAGGCAUCCUUUAUCAUCCCUAGUUAUCCCAGUCAUGUUUGCCAUCGAUAGUCGUUCCUACUCGUUGCUAGUCAUCCCAUUCAUCUCUAGUCAUUCAUAUUUUUCCCAAUGGUUUCUAUUCUUCCCCUGUCAUCCCAGUCAUCCCUAGUCAUCCCUAGUCAUCCCUAGUCAUCCCAGUUAUCCCUAGUUAUCCUUAGGCCCUAGUCAUUACGGUCCACCCUAGUCAUCCCUAGUCAUUUCAGUCAUCGCUAGUCAUCUCUAGUCAUCCCUAGUUAUCCCUAGUCAUGCCUAGUCAUCCUAGUCAUCCCUAGUCAUCCCAGUCUUUUCUAGUGAUCCCAGGCGUUCCUAUUGAUCCCUAGUCAUCGCAGUCAUCCCCAGUCAUCCCUAGUCGUCUCUAGUGAUUCUUAGUCAUCAUAGUCAUUUCUAGUCAUCUCUAAUCAUCCCAGUCAACCCUAGUGAUCUUUAGUCAUCCCUAGUUUUCUCAGUCAUCUUUAGUCAUCUCCCGUCAUCCCUAGUCGUCUUAGUUAUCCAUAGUCAUCCGUAGUCAGCCCUUGUCUUGCCUAGUCAUCCCAGUCAUCCUUAGUCAUUUUUAGUCAUGCGUUGUCCUCCUAGUCAUCCCUAGUUAACCCAGUUCGUUUAUAGUCAUGCCGAGUCAUCCCUAUUCAUUCUUAGUCAUCCUAGUCGUCCCUAGUCAUCCCUACUCAUCCGUAGUCAUACCAGUCAUCUCUAGUGUUGCUUAGUUAUCUUAUUCAUCCCUAGUCAUCCCUAAUCCCUAGUCAUAGCAGUAAUCCCUAGUCAUCCCGGUCAUCCCUAGUCAUCUCGGAGGGUUAUCAUUAAGAGCUGGGAACCGGGGAUUUUUCCCAGUUUCUAAGAGAGUGUCCCCGGCUACUUUAAUUGAAAAAUAAAAGAAAAAUAGAUUCAAUAGAAAUCCCUAGCCGUUUGAUUUCCCGCCUACUUGUUUUAUUUACCCGGCAACUUGAAAUCUUAGUGACAACCGUGUGCCACUGUUCGAACUUCCUAUAUAAAACAACAAACAACCCAAGUUUGAAUGGAGUGGAGGGGUGUGAAUUGUUUUAUUUUCCAAAGUUACCCCAUUAUUUGCCGACUGUUGUUACAACAGCCACUUUCCUCUGUCAUCAAGUUGGCCAUUACGCAUAGAGGGCUUUUUUAUUCUUUUUGUACACGUUUUCUAGGAUCAGUCAGAAAUGAAAUUACCAGGGUUCAGGUUGUGGUGUGAGAAAAGCAAAAAGAAUAUCCAGUUUCCUUUAAAAAGGUGUGUUGAUGCUUGAACUCUUAAUCAAAUACUGACAUGUUAUUUCAUGUAAAUUACUACCAAUUAUUACCGUUUUCUAAGUGGAUAACAGUCAACCCUAUCAAAGACAUCACAUCUUUGGGACCAGCAAGCUACAGUAAUUGUGACUAAAGAAAGGCAGGAACCACUUCUUGGUGUCCGUUUUAAUUACGUGUCUAUCUUAAGGAGGUGUAUCCUUGACCGUUUGAGUUUGGAUAGAGUGCGAGCCAGCGAGCCAUGCGAGCCAUGCGAGUCAUACAAGCGAACCAUGCGAGCCAUGCGAGCCAUGCGAGCCAAGGCAGCGAGCCAUGCGAGCCAUCUGAAAACUUAUCUACACGAACGAUGAAACCGUAUCGUUUUCAAAUCCUUUCAAAUCCUUUCUCUUGAUUACGGUUAAGGUUUUAACACCAGAAUUUAAAGCAUUAAAUAUAUUUUUGUUCGUACAGAAACAAUGACAACAAGAACAGAAUAUUAUAUUUUUAACGGGAACCAGUCGGUGAUUAAGCAUGUAGUUCUCCAACAUGUCGAUUAGUCCUUGCACAUCUUUCAUCCCUAAAAAAAAUACGCUGCCAAACACUGAUAAAAGCAACGGUUUCUUUCCCCGCUUGGAUCGAUGUUUAGCGUGAAACCACGCUUCGUUGCUUCAACGAGACACUGCGUGCGUCGAUUUGCCAUCUGCGAACUAAAUAAAAUACAUAAAACAUUAGCAAUGAUGAAUAAUUCAUUGCACAAAACAGCUGACAACGGACUAAAGCAAAGGUAAAUCAGCUAAAUACUCACUUUUAGAAGCAGUUUAUUGCUAGAUUGAUUCGACUGAACUGGAUUGUCCAAAAGGAUUGAAGAUUUUUUGAAGAUCCGGCCACGAGCACGCUGAACGGUUCGCAAGAACGAAACAGGAGAGAAAGACUAUCAGAGAGGGGAGAGAAAGUCAAAAUUUGUCGCUCUCCCUCGACCCAGACUGUUCGCGUCCAAAAUAACAUGGCCACCGCGUGAGCCAUCGCGGUUGAAUAUUCGCGAUUGAAAGCACAUUUCCAGCAGCAAAACCAAUUACAAAACGAACUAUUUCCAAUUAGAAUAUUAUUAAAAAUUUAUAUUUUCCGAUGGCUCGCAUGCCUCGCAUGGCUCGCUGGCUCGCAGAUUAUCCGGACCCGACCGUUUAGGAUUUACAAUGUACAAAAUGUACAAAGCAUCAAAUCUUAAAAUAAAUGUUCUUUGUUUUCUGUCCUGUUUUCUAAACAGACAGAGGAAAUCGUCCACCGAAGAUCGGAAUUCUGAUCUCUGCAUUGGCCAAGAAAUAACUAUCCUGUGCAAAGUGCAGAAGCACUCGGUUCCUCUACACAUGUUUGUGCCUGUAAAGAUGCAGCUGUAUCCUGUUGCUUAUCAAUAGUACUUCCAGGGGUUUUAAUGGGGAAAACUCUGAUUUAAAAAAAAACUCUGAACUUGUAGUUCCCUUUUGCUUUUAACUAGGCUAUUUACCGUCCUUCUAUUUUCUGUUUCGAACCCUGGGUUGGUUUUGAUGUAAACUGCUACGACCAAUUUGAAAGGCUUGAUGAUAGACCACUGUACAUCCAUGACAAAUCAAUAUGGCGGCCAGAAGAUAAUGAAAACAUCUGGAUGAAAACUUCUGGAUUUUACUUUGGCUACAAAGACGACUGAUUCUCUUUUGAACAGCUUAACAUUAAUUUUAAACAUUUUUCGCUUAACAUUUCUUUGCCAAGACUGAGAAAAUUCACACGAAUGUGACUUUUUUUUUAAUAAGUGACCCGCUGCGUGAUCUCAAAACAUACUUGUCUUCGACAUACUAAAUUGUGGGUGUUUUGCAUCGCUUUCAUGGCACGCACAGACUACGGAGUGACCAGCUGCGGUCAUUCAUUUCGACACAGCAUUUCAGACAACAACUAAAGCAGCGGUAUUCUUUUAUUUCUUAAGUAUAACAAGGGCGAAUAAUUUUUCCAAAUGGCCUACGGAAAGCAAACAAAAUUCCAUUGUUCAGAAGCGGUAUUAAAAUAGUCGUAGAGACAUAAUUAGCUUAACAACUUAAAAUGCUGCAUGGCACAAAUUAUUGUUUUCUGUUAAUACUGCCAAUAAUUAGUUAUGAAAAAACCUAAGGCCAACUUAACUACCGAUUUCUCAUUUUAUUUAAACUACCAAUUUUUUCCAUGCUUGCGCGUCAUUUUUUUAAGCCGUUUCUUAUUACAUGCAACAAAAGACUCAAUUUUGCAUUGCAAAACUUUGGUAGAGAUUAAGUUAUCGACGGUCUGGUAAGAAAGAAAUCAAUCUUUUCUAGUAAAGCUGACGGGUAUUUUCACGACGUGAUUUUAAUUUUUUCACGGAGUGACAUAUUUCACGGUGUGAAGUUUUUCCCGGCCCGCAGAAGCUUUACACGGCGUGAAAAAUUAUAUUCACGCCGUGGUUUAUUUCACGAUAGAGUGAUUUAUUUUCACGCCGUGUUCACACCGAUUCAGAGGAAUUUCACGGAGAUUCCAAUCAUUUUGCUGCAUUUCACGGUUGUUAGCGUGAAUUAAGCCUCGCCGUGAAAACUCAUAAGCCCGGUUUUCCCGUGGAGAGUCACAAAUGAUGUCUAUCAGACUUUGCAUGUUUGGUGCCCACCUCCCCCGUCUUAUCUUCUUUUUUUUAUGAAACAGUUUUUUUUUUUCAGAAUAAUAUUUAUUAUGUUCUACAGUUUCAUUAGCAGGUUUGAACGAGGAUAAAUGGGCGGGGAGAGUCCUUUUCCUGAGGGUCAGCUAGAAGGCUAAUUUUGAUGGAUUUUAUGUCUGUAAAUUGCAAAGAAAAUCCUUAGCUUAAUCUGUUUGCAGAAAACUGGCGUGUUGUUCUAUCAAAACGUCUGCUAGGCUUGUCCAAUGGCUCUCUUUUGAGGUCAACAAGGUCAGUAUUUCAUGUCUCUGUAACAAAAAUAGCUAAGCCUAAACAUGGAGUUUCUCAUUUAGAAAUUGAACCAAGUCUCUCUUGAUAAAACGUGAGCUGAGCCUGCCGUCCGGUUAGUUUUGCCAACUGGGACCCACAAAACUAAAAGUUAGCAAAGAAAUUACGUCAGAAUGACAGCUUCUUGAUAAAUACAGUUGUACUGUACGUGAGUCUCUCUAGCGUUACAACAAGCGUUACGCAAUAUUAUUUUAAUAUUAUUAUUAUUAUUAUUAUUAGGUUUACUUUCACAAACUCUAACUACAAUCCGUUUAAAUAAUCUUUCGCUCGAUGUGUUAUACACCUACAUAUGUACCAUUUUGUAGAUUUGGCUAAAUUGCGUGCUCCUCUUCAUCAAAGUAAGGUCCCCAAGCCUUGUAUAUCAUUUUAAAAUAUUGUUUCAACUUUGAAUGUGUUUACAGGAUGUUGCAUUUAUUGGACGGUUAAAACUCACCCAGCCAACCAACACCCACCAAAACGAAAAGAGCAAGGAAGCUUGGUUUAACUUUGUCAAAGCCGAAAGCUACUCAGGUGUGUUGUUUUUAAAAGACAUGUAAAGGCCUGUUACUUUAGGCAAUUCUUCGUGAAGCUUGUUUGCUAUUUUGUAGCAUUACAAGUUGCUUAAAAAUUUACCGUGCUUAUUAUCUCGCAAUUUUGUUACACAGUUGCAAGUUACGUUUAAAGAGAUUUUGCUCCGGCCACAAAUGUCAUGUUGCACUGGGCAGUUUUUCUUGUAAUUUGUAUUUGUAAUUUUGCUGCAUCUAAGAAUUUUCCAUGGCAUUGUCGUCAUGGCUUCCUAAUUUCCGUAUUUUGGGGGAUUUCAGCUACAAUCAGUGAAACCAACGCUGGAGAGGAAGACAAAGAUGACUGCAGUAGUCGACUCUGUCUUAUUUGUGGUGGUGCUGAAAACGGCCUGAAUGUCUUCGUUUUGAGGGCGCCCGAACAUUUGAAUGGAAGGAUACAGCAUGAUUUGGCUACAGUGCAUUCUUCAGUUCCCAUUAUAAACGAUCAAGAAGGUGAACAAAAUACCCCCUCCUCACCCCACCCCUUCAGUGCCUUCAUUAGGUUUUUUAAAGCAAUUUUUCUUUCCUAAGCAUGUACAUACAUUCUUCAGUGCCCGGCAUUAUAAAUGAUCAAAACGGUAAAAAAAGGAUCAUUUUACGUUUCUGUGAAACUACCCAACUACCCCUCCCCUAAACCAACAUUAACACUUAGUUCUUACUUAGGGCAAAAUGUUGGAUUAGGGGAGGGGUAGGUGGGCAGUUUCCCAGAAACGUAAGGUGAACCCCAAAAAAUACCCCCCUCCCCACCCCACCCCACCUCAUCAGCUCUUUCAUACGCCACUUCCACAUUUCCCAUAGUGCACCUUAUUUGCCUCCUAAAAUUUUGCAUAACCUUUGUUUUUCAUUUCUCCUGGUUAUUAGAAAAUUAAAAUUGAAAACUCUGCUUAUGCAAAAUUUUUGGGGGCAAAUAAGGUGCAUUCUGGGAAAUGUGGAAGUGACGUAUUAGUUGUUUUUAAGCAACAUUUCUUCGGUUGACCAGUUUUUCAAUGAUGCGGACAACUUUCCUGUCAAGACCUUCUUACUCAUUCUGGCUAAAAGUUUAGGAAUACAAUAACUUAAAUGGCGUUUGAUUUUUUUUUUCGAAUACUACAUAGGAGGACACAUUUCAUAAAACUUAUACCCAUGUAAAAAGUUACCCCGACUGUUCAAGUUGUCACUGGACGGAGAAUAGUCUUUUUGUGGUCAAAAAAUUUUCAGCUAAUAUCUUACCCUCCUCAAAAAAGCUGGUGAAUGUAUUGUUUUUGUAUCUUGUUUGUAGUUGGAGGACCCUUACGAUUUCUUGACCUCGAAGAUAGCUUCUUUGAAACAGAACAGAAAUUAACUGAAAUUCUGCUCAGCAUGUUACAACAGGAGCUGGGUGGGUAUUGCUUUGUUUCCUGUUUUCCUUUUUUCUUCACGCAACUUUAUUAAUCAGGGGCUUCAUCAAGUACAGUAAUGGGGGGAUGGGGGGGGGGGGGGGGGGUGUGUAGGGGGGGCCCCCAAAAUUUCCGUACUUGGACUUUUUCCACCUGGGGAAAGGGGAACAAAAUUGGGGGAAACCGGGCACCAACGUUCUCCAAUAGGUCUUUCAAUCCCGUCUUCCCAUUCAAAAUUUUCCCUCGUCCCCGUAAUCCCAUGGUUCAUUUUUUUUAAAAGAUUCUUUUUUAUAAAAAAAAAAGAAUUUUAGUGAAUGUUGCCACAACUUUUUACACAGGGGGGGGGGUGGGUUUUGUUUUUUUCCUUUUUUUUUUUUUUUCUUCCCCCAUUUUUAUAAAGCGGGGGCUCCAAAAAGUACGAGAGGGGGGGGGGGGGGGGGGGGGAGGGGUGUGAUAGGCGGGUCCCCAAGAUUUCCGUACUUUGACGUAUUCCAACUGCGGAGAAGGGUACAAUAUUCGGAGUACACGGGCACCAACGUUCUCCAAUAUGGUCUUCAAUCCCGUCAUCCCGAUCCAAAUUUUCGCUCGGUCCCGUAAUCCCGAUGGUCAUUUUUUUUGCAUCCCGCACCCCGUUCAUUCUUUCAAUCCCGAAGUUCGCUCCCAUUUGCUACCGGCUUUUUAAAUAAGACAAUUCCGGAUCCCGAUAAAAGCCUCGCGGGGACCCUCAGCACCGGUCAUCGGGUUCGUCCCAUGAAAAGUUCGAUGUUUGUCUUAGGCCUUACUUAGAAGCUGAUAUUCGUCAAAGGGGAAGAGAAUGUUUUCUUUCCAUUUCCGAAUACUGAGCUAUCACCAAUUUCUCCAACGUGGCCACUUACACUUAAUCGUCACCAUUCUCUUACAGAAAAUCAUUUUGUUACCAGUCAUUCAAAAGUGUUCGUGAUGCUAUAAUAUUCUUUCAGGCAAUUCCACUUCCGAUGAUCAGGUUAUACUUGACGCUUCCACUAAGGUUUUGGAUCAGUUAGUCUCCGCAAAAUUAAGUUUACUAAAGGAAAAAAGGUAACUCACGAUACGAUUUAAUGCAUUGAUUUGUUCUUUGUAAAAACCAAAAAAAAUGAAGGAAAAAAUAAAUCAGCAGUUUCUCUGCCUUUGUUGCUUGCCAGAUGUUGUGAAAGGAAUCACUCUAAAUACAUGUGUGUCCCUCCACUGAAGGAAUCGGUGGGUGAAGGAGGAGGGGUUUGUGCCGGGGGGGGGGGCAGUGUGAACAGGUAGCGGAACUGAAUAAUUAGGAGCAACGACUAGAUUCCAUUGAGACAGAAGUAAAUAAUAAAAUACUCAGGAGUGCUGAAGACUGAGAUUUAGUUCGCCAAAUCCUCUUAGCCAACCGCUCCGGCAUGGAUGGCUUCUCUUGUCGGCUCGAAAAGCCAUCCGGUAAAGUUUGAACAUAGUCUAAAUUUUGUUGGUGCACUGUGCUUGAUUCACAUUUUCUUUUCCUAUUUAACGAUGCAAAGAGUCAGUGUUAUUUCUCUCAUGCAUUUCGUAACUUAUUUAGGGCUUCUUAUUGCAGAGAGCAGUUGCUGCAAGCGGGAAAAGAACAUGAACUUGACGUCGUUACAAGAGAGUCAUUACUCCUUGUUGAAAAAGGUAAUGAUACAAGAUAUUUUCAAAACCAGAAAAUUUCUGUAUAUUUAAUUUUCUGAUCUCACUGCUAAAUGCAACAACUGACAGUAUCCAAGUGAUUUUGUUUCUAUUUGACGGGGCGAUCUUCAAAUAAUAUAUCCCCUUCUUGUAUUUGAAGGAAAGGCUGUUCACACCAAGGGAGAAAUUGCAACAAGUCAAAGCUUUUCCCUUGGGGACUGUGGGAGGGCAUUGUUUCUGCAGCUCCUGCGCUGGGUAACUACCUCAUCCGAAUACUGUAUGUCGAUAAUCAUUUGGCGUAGAUAUAGGGCCAAUAACUCCACGCAAUAAUUUUGUGUUCGUGUUAAAUCGACUUCCAAAUCUGUUCGCCAGACGACCUGAAAUGACCCGUCCCCUUCUCGCAGAAAUCGGUACCAUAGAAGCGGGGAGGGGGGGGGGGGGGGGGGGGGGGGGGGGAACCGCAAAACCCCUGGGGGGUUCCGUUCUUUCAGGGUCUUUUUUGUUUAAAUCUUGCCCCCCGGGCCGGCUUAAAAAAAAAGCACAAAAAAAAAAACGGUUCUCAUCGCCCAGGGAGGGGGUAACCGGGUUUGAGGGGGCGGAAAAACCUCCCACAUAAAUUUUUGUGUCGCGGUACACCGCCUUCCAAAGAUGUUCACCAGACGACCGAAACGGCCCCGCCCCCGUCUGGCAGAAAAGGGGUGAGGAGGGGGGGGGGGGGGGGGGGGGGGGAGGGCUGGUGGGAUACGCAAAACCCUCUGGGAGUUCCGUUCGUUCAAGGUCAUUCUUGAUUGAACGUUGCCCUCACGGGCAGCUUAAUAAUAAAGCACGAAACAAAAAACGUGUUCCAGUGCCAUGGGCGAUGUGUAACCGGUUUGAAGCGCAGGGAAACUUAUAGCAGGGUUCAGUAGCUGGAGAGCGAUGGUGGAAUGGGAGGUUGUUAAGUGCGGUGAAACUCGCAACUGGUGCUCGCUUGCGGGGAAAUAUGCAAACUGUUAUCGCAACUUGUGCAACCGGUGUCAAAGUUGGGAAAAUAUGAACCUCUUGUCAUCAAGGAGGGAGGAAAAAAUAUAACUGCAACAAUUCGCCAUUUUGAGGUUGCGCGGGAGACCGGGUCGAGAUGGUUGUUACGUGCAUUGUGGGACCGUUUUGGGGGACGCAUUUUCAUCGUGGCGUCAAAUUUGUCCCCCAAAACAGUCCAACAAUGCACUUUGACAACCGUCUCGACCCAGUCUCCCACGCAACCUCAAAGUGGCGAAUAGUCUCAGACACUGGGGAUAGUGCAUUAACUAAUUAAGAUGUAACGGCCUUCGUUCUUUAUUUAACGUGGUCCGGGUUUAAAUCCCGGCGUCAAUGUCAUGUGUGAGUGGAGUGUGUUGUUGGUUCUCUUCCUUGCUCCGAUAGGACUUUCUCAGGGUACUCCGGUUUUCCCCUGUCCUCAAAAACCAACAUUUUCAAAUUCCAAUUCGAUCAAGUAUCAUCGACAAAGAACCUUUAUGUGCAUAUGCUGCCUUCAAAUCGUUAUUUUCUUAUUUAGUAUAGAUUGACUUCUUACCUCGUUAAAUGAUUUUUUUUCUUUCCAGCUUUUCGUAUUGUUGUCUUUGUGUUCUUGCCGUUUCCGUUUUCUUUUAAUUCACAGUUUUCGCUUUCUUCUUCUUUUUCCUUACAUGUUACCAAUUAGAGUCAUUGAUGUCUCCCAGCAGAUGGCCUGAGAGGGCGUGGCUUAUCAAAAACGAUCCAAAUGCAGUGUGAGUGCUUCUUAACAAACUUCUUACUACCGUAUCUGAGAGUAACAUAAACUCAAGCAGGCUGUUUGCGGAAAGAGUCUUUGAUUCUGUUUAAUUCUCUUUCGGAUCAUUUUACGUUUCUGGGAAACUGCCGACCUACCCCUCCCCUAAGCCAACAUUAACAGUUACUGUACUUCUCACUUAGGGCAAAAUGUUGGCUUAGGGGAGGGGUAGGUGGUCAGUUUCCUAUAAACGUAUAAUGAUCGUAAUUUUCUACUCUUUGCCAAGUGCGUUCAUGAUUUUCCUCUUGUUUUUGUUUCAGCAGGGUUAAAGAUGCGGCUGCGAAGGACUCCACGUUGUUAGCUUCAGGUGUGUAUUUGUUGAUUUUUUUAUUACGCGACCUCAGAGGAUCGUUCGCACGCGACAUUGUUGGAUUGUGUUGGGUUGAUUUGAACUCUCCUAAUUUCAACCUGAUCCAACAUCAUCUAACAGCAUCCAAGACAAACAUGUUCAAAACGGACCUAACCGCCAUAACAUGUGACGUCCAAGUGUCGAACAAUGUUUAAUGAAGUUAGUCCAUCUUCUUGGAUGCCCAGAAAUGUGAGGUAACAUGUGGCGGGUUACCCCACCUAUCAUGUACAAACGUGAUCAAAUUAAAAUGAGAAAUUAUCUGGGCAGGCGGGUUAUCUCAGCUACCUGGGGGUCCCCACCUCCACGUAAACAGGCUCUAACUCUAGUGUCAUGUCGCGGGUGGGGGGGAGGGGGGGGGUUACUCCCAUAUAUGCGCUAGAUAGGUGGGUGCCGCCUUAUAGGGUAUGGUUUUUUUAGGGUCUUGAACCUUACUAGGGUACCGUUUUUGCCCUUGUUGGUAUUGCGUUCCUGGUCUGAUCCUCAGGUUUGGCACCUAAAUUGUAUCAGUCAUCAAAUUGUUAGUCUUGUUUUUCCCUUGAAUGGGGUGUCAUUUUUUGUAUCAGGCUUGGGCCUUUUAUAGAGUAUAAAUUUUCGUUUGUCUCAUCCUUGAUUAGUAUCAGGUUCUAAGACCGUGGGCGACACACACCUAUCCGCUAUUUAUGGGAGUACCCUCCCCACCCCUCGUAAUUUACUCUUAUCUUCUGGACCGCCAGCGUUUGACUUAACCGAUAAAGUCUCUUUUUUCUCCGUUUUCAUGUGGCUCUCUUCGGACUAAAGUGACAACAAUGAGUAUUCACGAUAUCCUGGAGAAAUUCCGCUUGGAUGGGACUGCUGUGGCCAGCAAUCUAAGCCCUGUGAAACCACGGGUAAGCUAUGCAUAUUGGUAGUUUUUCGGUGAAGUAUCCAUGCUGUAAACUUACGUUAACUAUGGUAGCCUCUUAGAGAUGUCUUGUGCCCGACGGUCGGCCUUGUAGGCAAUCACAAAAUCUCAGCAGUUUGGGCGGUCGCUUAUGAUAAGUUGUAAAAUGUUCAGGUGAUACCCAUGCUUAUCAAGUCCGUGUUCUGUGCUUCACUUUUAGGAGAGAGGAUUACUUGAUAGGCACAUAGAAAUAGGCGCAAAAAGAGGUAAGGACAGGGAAUGUUUUUGUUCGUAGACGACCCCAUAAACGGCUUCCCCUUUUAACCAUUCAAGAAACCAAUCCAAUCACGACUUCCUCCAACGAGUUUCCCGCGCUUUCUCGCGGCUGCAUCAACCUCGUUUUCGGGCUCUUCCCGUGAACGAGGCUGUUGCUGCAUGCAAGUCCUUCAGCAAACAUUUUCUGUUGUUAGCUUUUGGUGAGUAUUUUUAUUUGGAUUUGUUUUGUUUUUGCGAAAAAUUUAUAGACAGUGCCAUUUGUGAUUGAUCUGAGUGAAAAAAAACCUUCGCUUUAAUGAUACAAAGUCAAUCAAAAAACUCCCGCAAAUAUUUAUCUUUAAAUUCCGGUCUCUCUGUCUCUCUCUCUCUCUCUCUAGAUUUAGAUGUUAGGGAAAGAAGAUACCCAGAUGCCCUUACGGCGUCCUACCAUGGAAUUGAGUAAGUUUUUCUCUCGUAACAUUUGAUGUCUUCUUUCAGCCACUGUCUCGAAUCAUAAGCUGAUUUAGCUGUUAAUUUUUCUAAUAAACAAUUCUUUGAUGAAGAUGAGUGUGAUAGUUAUGAAAAAUUACGCUGAGUUACCAGCCAUGAGUGAGCUUACACAAAAGGACGGCAAAACCGUUUUUUUGUGACCAACGUGACAGGACUAUUACUUGCGUGUUUUGUCGUGACCUUCAGUUAACAUCACUAUAUUUUGGUCUUUUACAAAAAGGUCUGCUUAAAAAAAGGUGAAGUUUGGCGGAAUACGUUUUCAAACGUAAUUGUUGUCACGCUUGUCACACAAGGUUUGCCGUCUUCUUUCCUCUGCCGUUAUUGUGCGUAAGUUCACUAUUUUCACUAUUUUCAGCUCCGUGCUGCCAAAACAGCUGAGCCGCCGAGCCCCUCACUUUUUGUUACGUCAAAAAUUUGUACGACUGACGUCAAACGUCCAAUAACUUAUCUAUUAUUGCACGAGUGACGAAAUUAUUCAAAUGUGGUCAGCGUAAUCAUAUUACGUAGGAAUGGAUGAGGGAUUUAGUCAACCAAAAACUUAAAAAUGUUUUGAAUAAGCAACAAAUUUGGUCUCACCACACUGAUUUGAAAUUUCGCAAUGAAUAGGCCACUUCGGAGUUGCCCAAAACCUCGGUUUCAAAGCGAGUCUUAGUGCAAAGCCAUUAAUAUGAAAAUGAGUUUUUAUUCUCAUGCAAACUCAUUUUCACAAGAAAGGUUUUGCAAUUAGCCUCGUUUUGAAAGUGCAAGUUUUUGGAACUCGGACUAGUGAUUGUCUAUUAAUCUGUAACACAGCCAUGUGAUAAAACAUGCCAUUCAAAAAAACCACAACAUAGUAAUUCUGAUUCAAUGUUUUUUGUCUCAGAUAUUGUCUGGAUAAUCGUGAUGCCAUCACCAAAGAUUCACAACUCUCUUCUCUCCAAUCUUCGCAUGUUAAAUUCGAGACAUUGUCAACCUGCGUACAAAGAGACAACAGGCCGCUAGAAACACGCUCCACUCGAACUGUAACCAAAGCUGCGAAAAAUGACACGAAGCAAAGUCUUAUGAAGCUUAGCGUGCCUUUGAUGAGAACAAAAGCGGCGGGAAAAGGCAAAAGACCUGCUGCUGUGGAAAGGUAAGAAAAGUGUAUAUACAAGAAAGUAGCUCCCCUGAGAAGUAGAGUCAAUGAAAAUGCAUUAUGUAUAAUUGGAAAGGACUUUGUAGUCUGCGCCAAUUCUGACAAAGACGUUAAGACCGUCAAUCUCAGGGAAACACUGAUCUUGUGCUACACGUUUCCCAAAGACUACAGGAGGUAGUAUCAAAACGAGAUUAAGUGCUCAGCCUUUAAUAUGGAAAUGAAUUUUCAUCCUCAUGCAAAUAAAACUCUUUUUCACAAGAAAGGUUGCGCACUUGAUCUCAUUUUGAAAGUGAGGAUUUUGGGAACUCGGAAGUGGCCUAUUCGUGUUCGUGCUGGGAGUAAUAUUGCAGGAAAAAUCGCAGCGGUAGAAUCUGCUGCCUCUACAUCAACACGCACUAUACUGAAAUACCAUUGUGUGCCGCCAUCUGCAAUAUUGCUGGAAAUGUCAAACUUUUCAUUCAUUUUUUACCACUUACCGGAAACGUUACCCUUUGCUCGCUUGGUAACCACUGUGCCGUUGCAGCGUGCAAUCCCAUCGGGCGAAACAUGUUGUGCGCACUAUUACUAGUAAGGCUGCAAUCUGUAUCCGAGUCUUUACUCUUUAGUGGGCGAGCUGUAUAUGAAGCCAUAUCUUAAUGACGUUAUGUUUGUCUUGAGUCGCUGUUGAAAAGUAUAUAUCAAUUGCCUUUUUUCCACAAGGCCUGUCAAAAGAAAAUCACCAGUAGUAAGAAAACCAGCUGUCGCGGCAGCAAAAAGGAAACGACAAGAGUCAUCUACUGAAGGUCUGUCCAUAAAUUUGAUGUGUUCACUAGUUGUGUUGUUGUUGGUUGCAAUUUGGUUUGCUUUGAUUUUAGUCCCUCUUACGGGUCAGUUGCUGCACGUCCUUUUGCCUUCAAACAUUCCUGAUUGCCUAGAACACGUGGUACGCGCAAGCAGCCAUCGAGAGAAGAGAACAUAUGUAAGGAGAGAAUGAGCUUCCUCGCGUGUGUCUUCCUUUAUCGCACGCGCGCCUGUUACCCAGGCAUCUUAAGGUCUAAGAACCGGACAUGAAUAGGAAGAUUGUAUUCGUUGUGUGCGAUGUAUUUGGCCUGACCUGGAUGAGGACUCCGCUAUAGCCUGCGUAGCAGGCGCCGGAUUCUUUUUAGGACGAAGGGACCAAUUUCUAGGGCGCGCGCGCACGAGAGGAUAGAAAAGCAGAGGAGGCUUCUCUCCUCCUCACGUGUUCCACUCGCGCGCUCUAUAACGACUAACCAAAAACUAACAGGCGCCUGCCACGCAGGCAAACUCCGCUGCGAAUAACAUGUUGAUGUCUGAAGCUCAACUGGUAGAACAGCGACUUAUCUGUAAAUUGCUUCAAUUUUAGAAACCAAACCUCACCAGAACACACAAGAAGAUAAGAAAAAAGAAACGCGAUCGGAAAGACACAAACGAGUGAGUACUUUAAGUACACUGGUUAUUAAUUAAAAAGUGUAUUUUCAUGUCCAGGAUUUUCCCGCUGAUUUUAAGCUAAAAAUAUUCUUGUGUCGAGUCUUCGAUUUCAGAUAACAGAGUUUCGUAUUUCAGUUAAAUAAACCGUUUUGUGACCAGGAAUUGAACUCUCAAAUUGAACUGUAACAGUAUGGAGUUCCAUUGCGCGUGCUUCAUCGUAUAAUUGUACUUCAGGGCCGGGUUGUUCGAAGCUGGGUUAAGAUAACCCUGGGUUAGUGCGAAAUUUGAACUCAGAUAUGAGAGCUUAAAAAGCAAAUUCAGUUUAAUUCUCUUUGCCUGCAAUUUGAUAAUUGCAUACUCUAAAAAGAAAAGAGAAAAUUAUCCGAGAAAGUGCUUUUGAUAAAAAGAUAAAGAAACUCGGGUUAAAAUUUAACCCCGGGUUAGCGCUAACCGGCGUUCAAACAACUGGGCCCUGUAUUUUUUUAUUCUAUCACGUGCAAAAACGUUCUUCACAAAGUCUUAGUUUUGCGUAUACAUGCUUUUCUUUAUUUUCUAUAAGGAUUUAACGCCAUCUUAACUUCGAUUCAACAGCGCCUGCGUCAAGUUGUGCAGAAAACUCUCCAAGACAACGGGAUUGAUUCUAAUCACGCAUUCUACCAUCCCUGCACCGAGCGACUAUAUUCGCUCUGCAAGAGCUUUCUGAAGGUAAAGUUCUUUAAAAAUUUUCCCGGCCACUUUUUACAACCAACCAACACUGACGUAUAUUGUUUUUUUACUGCACAGUUGAUUUAACAACUUCUUUUUUCAGGACCUUCGUUCCUCUCACGGCUUGAAUGAUGAAAUGAAGAGAUUAGCAUCAAGUAAUGUUCAACAGGUACAAAGUUUA